AUGGAAGAGGAGAAUGUAGACAAGGCUGCGAAGGAAAGGAAACGACCGGAAGAGAAGCCACGAAUACCCUUUACCUGCUCCGUUUGUUCAAUGUCCGAGAAAUGCGACUAUGUUGGGAAAAAUCCUCCCUUUGCUCGAAAGAUUCAACUUACCGAGGAUUCCUACGUCAUGGUAGAUCCCUUCUCACCGCCCGUUCUGGAUUCUCGUGGCAAAUCUGCGGAGCGCUUCCUGAUUCUAGGUGCAGACUGCUGCGACUGUAAGAGAGUCGUCUGUCGCGGAAGUGAAUGCAGUUUCUUCUAUACAGCCACAUUCUGCACAGAAUGCGUCCGGAAGAGACUCAAAGAAUUCCCACUGGAAGUGCAAACAAAAAUUCGCAAACAACUACAGGCAACCUAG